AUGAAGCUUUUGGUCAUCAGCAAUCGUCUACCACUAACAAUAAAGAAGGGGAAGAAUGGGUUUGAAUACACAAGGACAAGCGGGGGCCUGGUAACUGGGCUGAAGAGCAUAAACGACAGAAUCAGGUUCAAAUGGCUUGGCAACAUAAGUGGUGUCGAGCUGAAUGAAGAGGAGAAGGAUAUAAUAAGAAAGGACUGCUGGGAAAAGUUCCAUUCAAUCCCUGUGUUUAUCGAUCCAGAACUAAACAGCGAUUGCUACGAUGGAUUCUGUAAUGCCAUUCUCUGGCCAAUAAUCCAUUCAUUCAAGGACGAUGUUGCAUUUACCAUCAAGAACUACAACGCAUAUGUGGAAUACAAUAGGAUCUUUUGUGAUAAGGUAUGCGAGGCUUUAGAGGAUGGAGACAUUGUUUGGGUUCACGACUACCAUCUGAUGAUGCUUCCGGAAAUGCUAAAGAAAAAAUCCAAGAAGGACUUCAAAGUGAUGUUCUUCUUACAUACUCCAUUUCCACCGGCAGAGAUAAUGGAAACCCUUGCAUGCAGAAAAGAGAUAGUAAGUGGGAUGGCACACAGCGACCUUGUUGCAUUCCAUUCAUUCGACUACGCCAUCAACUUCCACGACACAUGUAUAGCCAACCACAUAGAGGUGAAGACUAAGCUGGAUGCAAUUCCCAUAGGAAUUGAUCCUGAAAUGUUCCGAAAAAUACUCAAAGAAAAGAAGACUGUGGAAAGGAUAAAGGAGAUCAAGCAGAUGUUCAAGGGAAAAAAGAUACUUCUAGGUGUGGACAGGACUGAUUACAUAAAAGGAAUGCCUCAUCGUUUCAAGGGGUUCCACAGGUUCCUUGAAAAGUAUCCGGAGUUUGUUGGAAAGGUUGUGUUUCUUCAGGUUGGUGUUCCCAGCAGAACAAACGUUAAGGAGUACUCUUCAUACACUAACAAGCUGAACGAACUUGCAUCCGAAGUAAACAGUAAGAUUGGGCCUAUUGAAGCAACACAUAUACACUUUCUAAACAGAAGUGUGGAGUUUGACGAGCUGUGUGCGUUGUAUGCAGCAAGUGAUGUCCUCCUUGUGACAUCGCUGAUAGAUGGAAUGAAUCUUGUCGCUCUGGAGUAUGUUUCAUGCCAAGACGAAAACAAAGGGGUGCUCCUUCUGAGCGAGAGUGCAGGAGCAUCCACAACUUUAUCUGCUGCAUUGGAAAUAAACUCGUGGAAUACUGAGGAGAUUGCUGAUGGAAUACAGAAAGCCAUCAUGAUGCCCAUGGAAGAAAGGAGUGAAAGACAUGAGAUAAAUAAGAAGGCUGUUGAUGUCUUUACAUCUGUCGAGUGGGCAGAAAGGAAUCUCGAUGGACUUUGUGAUGGCUGGAGGAAAUCACUGAUGCUCUAG